AUGGAUUCAUCAAAUUAUGAAUAUGAUCCUGAAUGGAAGAAAAAAUUGCCAAUAGGUUUUCAUUUCAUACCAACAGAUGAAGAAUUGAAUAUGUAUUUGAAACUUAAGAGUUGUGGUGGUAAAAUUCCACAUGGGAUUUUCACUGAUCUUGAUAUUUAUAAACAUGAACCACAUGAGCUACGUGGUCUUGCUGAAAAACAUUGGGAUGAUCGUAUGUACUUCUUUACUCUAUCAAGAAGGAAGAAUGACACUGGAACAAGACUUGAGAGAAAAACACCAAAAGGUGUUUGGAAAGCUUCACAAGCACGUAAGAACUUAUCCAACAACGAAAAAUUUGGUAAUAUCAGGAACAAGGAUGUAACAGGAGACGAUGUACAAAUUGGAACUAAAACAUCCCUCGUCUACUGGGAAUCGAAAACCACAAAAACGUCUUGGCUUAUGUCGGAGUACAGAUUUCCUGAUGAGCUCCAUCAUCAGCCAGUAUCCAAUGAGAAAAAGGAUAAGUCGUUUGAGCUAACGCUUAAUGUGAUCUACUAUAAUGGCACCAAGAAGAAUAAUGAUGAUGACCAUGACAAGGGCAAGAAGAUAGUUGAGUACUGUAAUGAUCUUAUUCCUCAACCAAAUCCGAUAAAUUUUGAUCAUGAUAUUGCAACCACUUCAACAAUGCAACCAAGUUUUCAUCAAACACCAACACAAAGUUACACUGACGCUGCAGCUACAACUUCAACCAGACAACAAAGUUUUCCUCAACCACUCUGUGGUGUUAUGGAAAAUGUUGACAAUGAUUUUCUCCAAUUUGAUAAUGAUGAUAUUUCUUGCCCCAUUCCCAACAUUGAUUUUCUCGAAUUUGAUCCAUUUGAUCAAUCGAUAAGCCAAUAUUUCGAUUUUGAUAACUUUCCUUGUAUAAAGGAUGAAGACAUAAUAAGCCACAUCCCAAUUUCUCAGGAUGAUCAAACACCAUCAAGUGAUAUCAAAGAUCCACAGCUACAGAUGAAGAAAAUCAAAAUAUAG